UGUCCCCUCCAAUACUCGACACACACUUAGAAGCUUCGGCAAAUCUCGUAGCAUCACUACAGAAGAGGAAAAAACAGAAUUGAACCGAUAAAACUAAGUCAGAAGUCACGAAACUGACAAAUAAGUUGGACACGGAUGUCGAAGAGACGAGUGACGAACUGCAACUUCCAGUCAGGACGGCGUACAACUGUUUACAGUUGUAAACAAUUGAUUUCCCGGCUGUUUUUAUUUAUUUAUUUAUUUAUUUUUGGAGUCCUUCGAUUGGGUCUUCAAUCCUCGGUUCCUCUACCAUCUUCUGCUGUCGUCCAUCUGCAUCUUCAUCCUGGUUGCUACUCAUCUUCAGAAAAGGAGCCCUUCCAUACUUACAUCUCUAUAUUCUCCCCCAUCGCCAUAGUCACCUCGGACAUUCACUGUGGGAGAAGUUAAGCUGAGAUGGAACCCCAGCAGAACCAGAGAGCAGGUUCUUCAGGUCCUCAGUCUGUGUGCAGUGCCAUGUCCAAAGAAGAACCUCUGUGUUUUGGAAAAGGAGAACAGAGUCGCCCACUUCCUCAUGAUACAGAGAGGGUGGACAAAAAGCCAGAAGAGACUCAGUCUUUUCGGUCCAGGACUCCACCUCCAGACUUUUCUGGGAUGGACAGAAAACCAGAAAAGCCAUUUCCACCUCAGUCUGUACGGUCCAUGAGUCCACCUCCAGACUUUUCCAGGGGAAACACAGCAGAGACGAAUCUGCUACCAUUUGCGGCACCAUUCCCUGCUGGCCGAAGACAGACAGAAUACAAUGUUGCACUCCCACUCCUUAUUGAAGACUGGACCAAAGAACAUGUUAAACACUGGCUGAUGACAAGACUUAAAAUUGGAGAACAUGUUGCACAGAAACUGUUUGAUGACGAGUUGUCUGGAGCUUGCUUAGUCUCUUUUGAGAAACAAGAUCUGAUAGAUCUAGGUGUUCCACGAGCACCAGCAAUGCAAAUUAUACGGGAGGUUAAAAAGUAUAGGAUUCACUCAGAGUCUGGGGGGGCAACUUAUGAACUACACAAAGGUGAACUAUUAAGUGCAGAGAGGAAAGAACUUCCAGAUGAAUCUGUGGAAACAGUGUCAGUAGAUUCUGGAAUUCUAAGUCAAAGUGCUUCAGUGCUGAUGCUGCAGGAAGCAAGAGACAGAAUUCGAAGUGCACUGGAUCAGCAGACAACAAAUGUCCUGGAGUUACAUACAGAACAUACAAAUGAUGCAUUGUUUCUACAGACCAUCAGACCAAUAGGUCAGAUCCGGCCCUUUGACAAAUGCAGCCCCUUUAUCUUUUACAAAAACAAUGACUUUCUCCCAGCUGCAGCUGGUCCAAGUAAUCUCCUUGAUCCAGUCCAUGAGUACCAGCUACUCCCCUCUGCAACAGAAGUCAGUGAAAGAGAAAUCCUUUACGAGUUCUCCAAGGAAGUGUUUAGCUUUGCUGCGAGUUGCUUGAAUUCACGCACCAAUGGUACUAUUCAUUUUGGAGUAAAAGAUGAAGGCCAGGCACACGGUCAGAUAAUAGGGCACAAGAUCACCUCUUUCAGUAAAUAUACUCAAGCUUUUGAGUCAGAUCUAAGUGAAUACUUUGAAGAAAAACACAUAAAUACUGCCAGAAUGUGCAUAAGACCUCCUGUAUUCAUCCAAGUUCAAUCUCAGGAUGGGUCAUCAUUGGAUAAAUGGGUAAUUGAGGUUGACGUGGUUCCAACGUAUUCAGAAACACAAGAUAACGUUUUCUAUACUUUACUGAACAUUGCAUCAACAGAAAAGAAGGAACAGUGCAAAACUGAAUGCCUGUUUGUGCGGGAUGGGCCCAGGUCAAUCAAUAUUUUAUCCGAUUCAAAUCCACGGAUAGUUCAGGAAAAGAUGAAAGGUAUAAAUGAUAAAGUCAGUUGCUGGGCAUCAGCACGAAAGUUAGCAGAGGAGAAUGAGCACAAAACCCCUCCACCCUGUAACCACGAGGGCCAAAGGCUGAAACAGCUCAUUACUCGUGGAAGAGAUUCAUUUCAGAAUUCUCUUCAAGUCAUUGUUGUUACUGACAAAUGCCACUCAAGCCAAGUGGAGCACCUGGAUUUUUUAAAAGAGAUGAAAUUGUUUGCAGUCCUUGAGUUUGACCCAGAGUCUCAUGUAAAUGGAACAUGCAGUUUUUACAGAAAAGACCGUAUAGCCAAUCUUCACUUCCCACACAUGUACAGGACUCAGGACAGUGCAUCUGUGGUCAUUAAGAACCUGAACUUAUUCAAGCAGACAAGUUGGAUUUUUUGCAAUGGACGAGUGAAUGAAGAAGAUGAUCAAGAGAAACCUCUUACACCUAGUGAAUGGCUGAAGAAACGGUCUGGUGACAUCAACAAUAUGAUAUCAUUUCUCUGCAGUCCUGAUCUGCUUCAAAAGCAGGGGCUACUGGUUUUAGUCAUUCUUCACUCAGCUGUUACUGACAUCUCAAGCCCCAUUCUAGAGGCUUUUUGUGCAAUCUAUCGCACAUUGGAAGGGGCUGAUAAUAUGCUGUGCAUAUGUAAAGAUUCUACUGUGUUCAACCACUGGAAGAACCUGGUUGAGUGUCGCUGUAAGGAAGACAUUACUAAUAAAUGCAUCUAUCAGUUGAGUCUUUUUGAAGUGUCCAGCACCAUCAAAAGACUUAAAGAACCUCAGAAACAAUCCUCUGUUAGAUUCUUGCCAUCCACAGGAGCAAGCUCAGUCCUCCUAGCAAAAAAAGAUGAGGAACUGAUGCCUGACUUGGAUAUUUUGUGUGAAAAUGAAUGUGAGAACACAGAGAUUGAAUCAAACAACUCCUUUCAAGAGUUUGUGAAGGAAACAGAGGAGCAUUUUUACCGGGGAGGACAAAUCUCAUGGUGGAACUUUUACCUCUCUGAGCAGCCAGGAUGCCUGCCAUUCAUUAAACGAGACAAGUAUGGCGAUCUAUAUGAACUGAUCACUCCUGUUCAAGCCUACACAUCUCCAUGUGCUGUUAUCAAUCUGUUCCAUCACCCAGGAUGUGGAGGAACAACUCUAGCAAUGCAUGUUCUUUGGAACUUAAGAAGCAAAUUCAGAUGUGCUGUUGUUAAAAACCAAAUGGCAGCAAAUAAAGAGAUUGCAGUGCAAGUCUUGAAUCUGCUGACAUAUGGGAAACAUGAGCAGUCGGGCAACACUCCUGUUCUCCUCUUGGUGGACAACUGGUAUGAUUUAGAGGAUCUGAAGCAAUGCAUCAUCAAUAUUGCCAAUGUCAGGAAGCAGCCUAACAAUCUCAUGGUAAUGAUAUUGAACUGUGAGAGGGUACCGUUCCCUGAAGUGAGCUCUAGAAAUAGCUGCUACCCAAAUGUGUUCAUUAUCAACAAGCUCUCAGACAAAGAGCAGGGCCUGUUUUCUCAGAAACUCAAAGAACUCAAGGAUUACCAUAAAACUCCUGAGACUUUCUAUGCUUUCAUGAUCAUGAAAAAUAACUUCAGUGAGGCUUAUAUCACUGAUAUGGUGAGCAACAUUAUUAAGGGUCUUGACACCACUACCCAACAGGGUACGCUUUUGUCCUUCCUGGCUUUACUGAACACCUAUGUCAAUGGAUCCUACAUGUCACUGUCUCUCUGUGAAGAUUUAGUGGGAAUAAGGAAUCCUCUAUGGAAGCAGGAAACUCUGGAUGAUAAAAUGAGCCCUUAUUCGGCCCUGCUGAUCACCUUCACCGUCGAAGAACAUGGCACCUAUCAAGCAGUACGUUUCUUACAUCAAAUGAUUGCUGAGAACUGUCUCCGAGUUCUCAAACACAGUUUUUCUCUGGCUGAGAUGACCAUAAACCUUUUGCACUGUGACAAACUCUACAAGUCAUGUAUGGGAAAGGAUUUCUUGGUCCAAACCAUUCAGAGUAUGCUGAUCACACGUCAGCGAAAAGAGCAAGGAGAUGACAAAGACACAAAGUUCUCCCCAUUGAUUGAAGAUAUACGUGAAAAUGAGGGACUUGACCAAAUCAAGGAAGUCUUAGAAAAAGCAACUGUUAGGUUUGACAGAAGUGCAACACUGCCUCAGGCACUGGCAAGGCAUUUUUGCUUAAAUGAGAAAGACUUCCAGUCUGCUCUCAAGUGGGCUCUGGUUGCACAAAGCAAAAAGUCAAACUCCUACAUUGCAGAUACUGUUGGACAAGUGUACAAAUGCCAACUCAAACAGGAAAUUGAAGAUUCAGAGGAUCGCACUGCAGAAUCACUUGAUACAUGCCUACAGUUAGCAUGCAAAGCUGUGUCUGCUUUCCAGGAAUCACAGGACCUGGCGAGGAAUGAUGAACAAGUUGAUCCUUUUGAUCGAUACAACAGAAAGAGACAAAACUCUUACAAUACAUCAGGCUACCUUGGAGUGACAGAAGUCAUAAUGAUGCUUCUUGAUGUUAUUAAAGCACUUCCUAUUUUCAAUGUCCGCGACUAUCACAAAAGAGACAAACUGAUACAGUUUCUCAGAGGUCAACAUCCAGCAAACAGUUUACAUGAUCACAGUGACACAACCAGUAGCAGGUUUGUUGCUGUCCUGGUAUCUCAUGAGAGAUUUCUGGUUUCUUUGAAGCCAAAGCUGAAGGAGAUCUUCAGUUUCUUUGAAAAUUAUUUCACAUAUUUGAGGCCUAGACAUGUUCUGCUGGAAAAGGAAACAGUCAAUGAAAGAAACAAACGCAAGGUUUCUGAGCACUUUAAGAAAUACAUGGAAAUAUUUAGGCUUUCAAAAGAGGAAAAAAUGUCGGAAAGGGCCAGGAACCCAAAAUUAAGUCUUCAACAGGCCAUAGAAGACCAGAGGCGUGAUCUGGAAAUGAAGCAAGCAGAUUCAUUUGCUGGACUCCUGCAGUGUUUGACUCAGAAAACUGUGAAGGAAAUAGAGGACAUUUUCAUGAAAUGGAAGUUUAUCUUUGACAACUCUGGGGGUAGACUGCCAACUUCAGACAGAGUCAACUUUAUCCUGGCAAACAUUGUUCUUCACAGCCUCAACCCACACUCCAGACAACUGAAAAAAUAUGAGGAAUUGGUUGACCUUCUCAAUGAAGCCUUGCAAAUGGAGGGCACUCAUUCAAAUCUGACAGAGCUCUACUACCUGUCCAUGCUACUGAUGUGGCCAUCACAAGGACAAAGCCCUGAGAGCAUUGCAGCAUACAAAAAUAUCAGCAUCUAUAUCACAUCAGCAAAGAAAUCUUUCUAUCGACGCUUCUCUUACAUGUUUCCCACGAGAAGUGCCCUUGCUCACUUCUUCCUUGGAAAGUCCAAUGGACUGAAGCGAAUAGUUGCUAAAGUGAAGCUUGAUCACAGCUUGAUCAGCGCUUCAAAGAAGCAAGGUAGCUCCUCCGGAGAACAAGGUGGACAUUCACGUACAAUGCACCAUCUCUGGCAGAGUGGCGCAGCAUGGUAUGAGCCAGAAGUCCAAAUGAAGCUGUUACGGAUUAGAGGGAAAUCUGAAAAUGGUGACCUUUACAUUAACUAUAGUGGCAACCUAAAACUCCUGGUGCGUCCAGCUUACCUGGGUGAUAUCCGCAGUGGCUGCAGCUGUGAGGAUGUGUCCUUUUACCUUGGAUUCACCAUGGAAGGUCCUGUGGCAUAUGGUAUUACAUAUGUAAACAACUGAUUAGGCCCUCUAACUUAUACAUGUCAGAGGUUGUCCGGUAAAGAUGGUACACAGAAGGACUAAACUUACUUCAUAACUCAUACCUCAUAACUGGAGAAAUAAAAGGUCUCACUAUUAUUAUAAAUAAUCAACAACAAAAAAAAGUUACAGGUGUUUAUAUUUAAAAGAAAUAUAAAUGGAAAAGGAGCUAUUCUGGGGGUACUUAAAAAUCUAAAUGGACACUGGUUUAAGAUUACAGAACCUUGCAAAAGAUUACAAAACUUUUAAUCUAAAUUGUAUGAUGGCUCACUUCCAAGUCAAUAAUGAUUCCAAGAGAUGGACUUGGUUGGACUUCGACUCUGGUUUUAAUCUGUGGAGGAACUGUAAAGUCAGAACCAACAGUGAAUGUGACUUUAAUAUUGAAAUCAACAGACAAGGACUUUGGCUCUAAAAUGACUCCAGUGUUCAAGUAUCUUCAAGGGUAUUACUGCUGAUGGCCACUAGAUGCUGCUCCAAAAACUCCUGACUCCCACAUACUUACAGUGAAUUUCUCUCUAAAAAUACUCAGACAGUAUUUUUUCAGGACUCAUUUUGAUCUCAUUUGUUUUGUCUGGUGAUCUGAUUCAUUUAUAAACUUCUCCUCUGUUAAUCAGAUCUCAGGUUGACUUGAAGAUCUUUGAUUGACAAAUUUGAUUGACAGCUUUCCCCUUCCAAGUCAGGCUUUUGGAGUUUCUUACGACUAAAUAAAACAUAUUUUUAUCCUGACAGACAGAUUGAUUGCAUGUCAGAAGAGAGGAAAAAAAUGUCACAAAUAGCCAGGAACCCCAAAUUAAGUCUCCGACAGAUCAUAGAGGGCUAGAGGUGGGAUCUGGAAAUGAAGCAAGCAGAUUCAUGUGCUGGACUCCUGCAGUGUUUGAAUCAGAAAAAUGGGAAGGAAAUGGAGGGUAUUUUUAUGAAAUGGAAGUUUAUCAUCAACACCUCAACUCUUUAACUUCAUCCUGGCAUACAUUGUUCUGUGGAUUGAUGCUGCCACACUCCAGACAGCUGAAAAAGUAUAAGGAGUUGGUUGACCAUAAGUGAUUUAAAAAAAAAAAAAAAAAAAAAAACAUAACACAAGUACAGAGAAAAGUCACUGAUCUUCAGCUCAGCAAGUUGUAUGAAUUUUUAUAGAUCUGAAGAUUAUUUCUGCUGUAAAGGUGACAUGGACAUGAUAGAGCUUUGGUUUUAUUCUUUCAGCUUUG